AUGGCCGCCCCGACCAACCCCCAGACCCCCAGAUCCACCAAGGGCGCCCCAUGGAUGGAGGACGACGUGCCCAUCAUCGACUCCGACGAGAGCUUUUCUGAUGUGGUGGCCAAACUGUCCUCUUACAUUUCCAAAGCCACCGAUGCUGCCUAUACCUACGAACAACUGCGCACCACGGUGGCCGGCCAAAGUCUGAGACCGCUGAUCGCCACGCUGAGCGAGGACUGCCACCAUUCUGCCGUCGUAGCUGCGCUGUUGGCCGCCCGAUACCUGUUCACCAACGAUUCCGACUCCGACCUCUCGGACUCGGCGCUGAACGAGAGCAGGGGCCUUGCCUGUGAACUUGUUGCGUGGCAGUUUCUGACCUAUUUGUCGGAGAGGGAACUGAUCGAUUACCUUCUCUACGAACUGCCCGAAUUCGCCGACGACGACAAACCAGCAGCAGAGUCAACUGGCGACCACCGCAGCAAUGGCGACGACGAUGGCGCGUCUGAUGAACGCUCGCCGCUCGUGCGGCCGCGCUCCGGCCAGUAUGACGGGCUCCGGCCUCCUCGGAGGGCUAGCGUGCAAAACCCGCGUGCCACCAUCGCCUAUCGAGACGACGAUCGAGCUGACGGCCCGCGCAUGAAGGUCGAGGAGAUGAUGGCCGGAAUGAGCGCGCUGGAAAUCGCCGCCAUCGCCAACGCAAAGAAGUUUCUGUCCCAAGCCCCGGUGCAGAAGAUCGUCGAGGACAUCUGGAACGGCGAUGUCAUCUUCUGGGAAUCCCUGUCGGUCCACGCCGUCAAGAAGCCUCGGGCGUACAACAAACACGUUGCAGACCCGUUCACGCGCCUCCGGGUGCCGAAAUACCAGAAGGCGUUUCAGAUCGCUUUCUUCCUCUCGUUCUUGCUGCUGUACUAUGCCGUCCUGGUGGAGCGGAAUCCUCAACAUAUCACCCCCACCGAAAUCCUGCUGUACAUCUGGAUCGCCGCCUACGCGUACGAUGAGUUUGGUGAGGUCAUGGACGCAGGCUUGAUGUUCUACCAGGUCGACUUUUGGUCCUUGUGGGAUCUCGGCAUUAUCGGUGUCAGCGCCGCUUUUGUGGUGACGCGAAUUGUCGGACUCGUCAGAGACAGCGAUUACAUUACCGAUGUGGCAUUCGAUGUUCUGUCCAUGGUGGCCUUGUUUCUCGUUCCGAGAAUAUUCUCCGUCAUGAGCCUCAACCCUUAUUUCGGGAGCUUGAUUCCAGUGUUGAAGGAGAUGACAAAAGCCUUCUGCAAGUUCUUGCCCAUCAUCGUUGUCCUGUACCUGGGGUUCUUGACCACUUUCACCAUGCUCGCCAGAGACCGCAUGACGCUUAAUGAGAUGUCAUGGCUUUUGGUCAAAGUCUUCUUCGGAUCGAGUUAUCUUGGAUUUGACAUGGCGGUGAAGAUUUCUCCUCUGUUUGGAUAUCCAUUGAUGCUGGUUUUUGUUUGUUUGACCAACAUCCUUCUCAUCACAUCGCUGGUGUCGCUGGUGUCGAAUUCAUUGACAGAGGUCAUGACCCAUGCCCGGGAGGAGUAUCUCUUCCAAUACUCGAUAUACGUGCUCGAAAGCAGUACCUCCAGCCGACUGACCUACUUCAUGCCGCCGCUCAAUCUAUUUCCUCUGACCCUUCUGCGACCUCUUCGACUCUUUCUCCCAUCGGAGGACGUCAGGCGGAUCCGGAUCUUGGUGCUCAAAGUUACACAUGUCCCCUUUGUGGCCAUGAUCUGGGCCUACGAAAAGUCCAGAGGCCUCGUCCCUCGUCGUCACUCGACCAUGAGUAAAGCCCCUCACCUGACCAGUCGCCCUCUUAGUGCAGGGCAGUCUAGUUUCAACGGUUCUCGAGAUUUGGUCAAGUCGUCAGCCACUCGGAGAGCGCUUCCUGAAACACCUCCAGCCGCGACUCCUGAGCGGGGCGGUCGCACUGGAAAUUCCAAGUCUGCCUCGGGCAGUGCUGAUGAUGCCGACCUGGUUGCUCUUGUGCAGAGAUUGAGUGCACAGGUGGACGGGUUGACAGCCAUGAUUGCGGGCCAGCAAAAGGACUGA